AAUGUUAUUCAAAGUCUUUUAUGCUACCUAUACAAUGUUGGUAAUUUAAACGACGUUGAUGCUGCUAGGCUGCAAAUUUUUAUCGAUUCUUACACAGUCUCUGAUGUAAACGAAGCUUUUAAUAACAAAAAACUACGGAAUUUUGAUGCCAGUUGCUUACCACCUUGCAAAAGUGAGCUAUUUCAGCAAUUUCUGCGCGCGAAUUAUAUAUGUUCUAUAUGGAACAAUGCUCACUUGAAAAUUCCAACAGCAUACGAACCAGUAAAUUAUGGUUGGAUUCUGGAAAAAAAUCAAUACUAUUUUAAAUGGUUUGAGGGGGAUCAGUUACCGAAUUAUGUUAGUGAAUCUUUACAACAAAUGUCAGAAACGAACGAAGGUGAUAUUGACAACGAUCAAUGCGAGGACUGGAGUAGCGAAGACGAAAAUGGAAAUAUCGACGACAACGAUGAAAAUUUUUAA